AUGGCUCCGGAACCGCAUACCAUCAGGUGGGGUAUCAUGGCCACAGGUGGAAUUGCGCAGACUUUCACCAAGGACCUCCUCACGGACCCAGCGUCUCGUGAAGUCCACGAUGUCGCUCACAAGCUCGUCGCAGUUGCCUCUUCGAGCUCGCUGGACAGUGCCAAAAGCUUUCUUUCCAAGGUCAACGCACCAGAGGGAGUAAAGGCUUACGGAUCAUACGCCGAGCUAGUUGCUGAUCUCGACGUCGACGUUGUCUACGUUGCAACACCCCAUUCUCACCACUUCCAAAAUACGAUGCUUGCUCUCGAGGCUGGAAAGAAUGUUCUAUGUGAGAAGGCAUUUACCGUGACUGCUUCCCAGGCACGAAAGCUUGUCGAAAAGGCCAAGUCGAAAAACCUGUUCCUAAUGGAAGCUGUUUGGACCAGAUACUUCCCGCUCAGCGUCAAGAUUCGGGAGCUCGUCCAGUCUGGCGUCAUUGGUCCCGUUUACAGGGUCAUCGCUGACAACUCCCUUGGCAAUGAUGGCCCCAAUGGUUCUCUUACAUUCCCCGACGAGAACCGAAUGGUCAACCUGGACUUGGCUGGUGGUGCCAUGUUAGACUUGGGUAUCUACUCCCUGACUUGGCUGAUGCAGAUCCUCUACCACUGCCAGCCGGAGCAAGAGAAGGAGAAGCCCAAUGUCGUUGGUGCUAUCAACAAGUACACUACGGGCGCUGAUGAGACGACCACGUUCAUCGUGCAGUUCCCCAAGCACAAGAGCAUGGGCGUUGGAUUAACAUCCAUGAGAGUCGCCACCGACACCGAUGGUCACAACACCAGUGGUCCUGCCAUCAAGAUUCAGGGGCCCUUGGGUGAGAUCCAAGUCAUGGGACCUGCGUACUCACCCGUACAGUACAAAAUUGUCAAGAAGGAUGGAGAUGGCAAGGUCGAAGUUGUCGACUGCCCAAUUCCUCAGGAUAAGGAACGGGACUGGGGUCACGGUAUGUUCUGGGAGGCCGAUGAAGUCGCUCGAUGUCUUCGAGACGGGAAGAAGGAGAGUGCUACGCUGCCUUGGGAAGAGAGCAUCACUAUUAUGGAGGUGAUGGAAAGCGUGUUGAAGCAAGGUGAUGUCCAAUAUCCCGAGCUCAUCACGACAGACGUGUACGACCCUAAGAGUCCUUUGAAUACUGGAAAGCAGUAG